GGCAGCGGGGCAAUGGCGUCAGACAACACCUGAGUACGCGUGAAUGACUAAGCACCAAAAAGAUCGCUGACAGUAUAACCUUCCACUUUCCGAUCGUCACUAUUCUUCACCCUUACCAUGGCUAAUCCACAGCAUACCGAGGGCCAAACAAAUUCUCCUUCAGAGUGUUACAAUAACGCUCCAUACCAAUGCUCAGAUCACAAUACACCUGUGCAGUCGCCAAGCGCGCUGAACUCACCAAACUUGCAUCAAACCGUCCCAACUCAGCACAAUUCACCAGUUGACCACGCUGCCAACCUUGAUCAGACACUAUCUAACCAAUCACGUUCAAACCAGCCAACAACUGAUCAGCUCAAAUAUGGAGAGCCAUUAGAGAAUUCGUUCAUGCAGAAUCAGCCCGUACACAAUUCGCCACUACAAGAUUUACCGUGUCAAUCCGGUCCAAAUGCGAAACAGCCAGUAAUCCCGCUACAAGCAAAUGUCCCGAUAAUGAAGCCGGAAAAGAAUGAAAUGACCUUCAACGAGGUAAUGCGGGAGGCAGACGAAGCCAUGCAGAAGGCAAAAGAGUUCAUGGAUUCGACAAACAACACAGAUUGGAAGGUUACCGAAGAGGAGCUUGAAGCAUAUGAACAGUUCGAGAAAUCGCUCCAACACGAUGCGAAUCACGUACCAGAAGUCAUAGAUCAGAUACAGGCGAUCCCCAACUCGAAAUACUUGGUACACGAGAAGUACGACUGUGUUGAGGCGGAGAAAGCGGCAAAAGAGACACACGAAGAGGUUGCGCGAAUGUUGUCCAAUUUGAAGCAACCUAAGCUGCGGACGCAAGAGUCCGGUGUCGCUAAGACAUCGAAGCCGGCACAACGAGUAGCACAAAGCGAGGGCGAUGACAUGCAACCAAUCCCGACAUCGAAAUCUUCAAGUUCUAUACAUUCAGAUAAGAUUCAGAACAAUUCGCAGACUAAGGAAAGCCGCCACCGAAGGAGGCGGUCCAGACUCCGACGACAACCUUUUGAUCAAACUGUCCUUGACAAUGAUGAGGAUCGCGAAUGAAGACACGGCAGCAAAUACGACCAAGCCAGCUGAUCAGUCUACUAUUGACGUUGAGCCGGAGAUGCUAUCGGCUAGCAUCACGAACAAGCCCUUUGUUGCUCCGCAAUUGCAACGACCAGCAGAACGACUCCGC